GAACACGGAAGCCCGCACACACAUCGUUCGGAACAAUAACUUCCGGACGCUGAAAAGCGGAGCUCCAACGGCAAGUGUUUGGAGAGGAUUGCACCGCUGGAAAAAUGUCGGAGUUCUGGUUAAUUUCCGUUCCUGGUGAUAAAACCAAUUUAGCGGCUCUGGAGAGGAUGAAUACGGUCACUUCUAAAGCCAACCUGUCCGUCAAUUCGAAGUUCAUCAUACCGGACCUAAAGGUGGGGACCCUGGACGCUCUCAUUGGACUCUCAGAUGAUCUGGGGAAACUUGACGUCUUUGCUGAAAGUGUGAUCAAGAAAAUUGCUCAGUAUAUCGGAGAAGUCAUGGGUGACUCCGCAGAGAAGGCCCAAGAAAACCUGCUGGCAAAUGGAGUUGACUUGGUCAGCUAUUUGGCCCGAUUUGAGUGGGACAUGGCAAAAUACCCUGUGAAGCAGCCUCUGAAGAAUUUAACAGAUUCCCUAAGCAAGCAAUUGUCACAAAUAGACACAGAUCUGAAGUCAAGAGCAGUUACGUAUAACAACAUUAAAGGCAACCUGCAGAGUCUGGAGAGGAAAACUGUGGGCAGUUUACUGACCAGAACCCUAGCUGACAUUGUAAAUAAAGAAGACUUUGUUUUGAACUCAGAAUAUCUCAUCACGCUGCUGGUGGUGGUCCCCAAGUCCAGCUACGGUGCUUGGCAGAAGACCUACGAAUUAUUGUCUGACAUGGUAGUACCUCGAUCAACCAAGAUGAUCGCGGAGGACGGAGAAGGAGGCCUGUUUACAGUCACCUUGUUCAGAAAAGUCAUUGAUGAAUUUAAAGCUAAAGCUCGAGAAAACAAGUUUAUGGUGCGAGAGUUUUACUUCAAUGAGAAAGAGCUGCAGUCAGAAAAAGACGAAAUCAUUAAAUUGGAGAGCGAUAAGAAGCAGCAGUAUGGUCCUCUUCUGCGCUGGUUAAAAGUGAACUUCAGUGAAGCUUUCAUUGCUUGGAUUCAUAUAAAAGCUUUGCGGGUUUUUGUGGAGUCUGUUCUAAGGUAUGGCUUGCCAGUGAACUUCCAGGCAGUGAUUCUGCAGCCCAGCAAGAAAGCUAUGAAAAGGCUACGCGACGUGUUGAACGCCCUGUUCAGACACCUGGAUGAGGCAGCAGCUGCAAACAUGAAGGAUGUCGGUAUGGAUAUUCCCGGCUUACAGCUGAACAACCAAGACUAUUACCCAUACGUCUGCUUCAAGAUUGACAUGGCCAGCUUAGACUUCGAAUCUUAGUGUUAGACGUUCUAGAAGCGACAGAACAUAGUGAAUUCUAUAGUAACCAUCGGUCCUAUAACACUGUGCUGACUGCCUAGUCUUCCCUACAGACAACAGAUGCGUCUUCGUAUCUAAGUGUAAACUGCAUGAAAUGAGCCAGAAAUGUGUGCGCUAAAGCCAGAGCCAUCGUCCCUGUGUCUCAGGCCGGGUUCACACCUGCAUUAGGCACUUCCGUUGCGUAUUCCGGACAAAAUAGCGCGGCAUACUGCACUAUUUUGCCCGGUGAAAUGCCAGACACCAUGCAGGAAACCCGAUGAACCCCAUUAAAGUCAACAAGGGGCAUUGGUAUCUGGUAAAGAUGAGCAAACUUACAGUAAAUUUGAUUCGUCAGGAACUUCUCGGCUUGGC